AUGGCGACCAAUGCGUCCACACUGGACGCCUCAUCCUGGCGUCAGUUUGAGCGCGAUUACUACGCGCUUCUCGGUGUAUCUCGUGAUGCUUCAAGUGAAGAGAUCCGCAGUUGCUUCUUAUAUCUGUCACGUGAGUUUCAUCCAGAUCGUCAUCCUCAACGUCACGGCAACACGUCGCUCGUAGCGGCUGCUAAUGCGCAAUACGCCGUGCUAGACAGAGCCUAUCGGGUUCUCUUUGAUCCAAUUAAGCGAAGGGUUUAUGACAGUUACGGUGAAAAGGGUGUGAUUGCAUUGGAGAAAGAAGGUAGUACACAGCAACAAGUGAUAGGGGCUCAUUUCAAGUCAUUGGAUGAAGUACAGCAUUACGUGGCAAAAGUUAUGCAACGCAUGAACCAACAGGCUCUGGAAGCACAAUUCUCAUCGUUUAGUGAAAUGUCCAUGGCCGUAGAUGCAUCUGACUUGGUGCAGGCGCCAAUGCAGGGAAUGCGCAGUUUAUUUGACAGUGGAGCACGGUUUGUCGAUCGCACAGAGAUGACGAUUCAUCAGCGUACCGUAUUUCCAUUGUCACGGAGUACGACACUAACACUUGGAGGGUAUAUGUAUGACAAAAAAGGACUUGGCAUGGGCAGCUUUACGGCACAAUUAGCGCACACGUCAUUUGAUCCGAGUAUACCGUCGUUCACGCUCUCGAGCGAGCUCGGCUGGGCGCCAAAACUUAAUUGCCAGAUUAGUCAGCCAGUGUCGCCGUAUACAGUCUUCAUGCUCAUUCCAGAGCUUGAUGAUAACGGCCUUGACAUCUCCAUGGGUGCUAACCAGCUACUGACACCUCAGCUUCAUGGUGCAAUGAUGUGGAGUACACGCGACGGUCUUUCUGGCUCGCUCAGCCAGGACACGGGAGCUUACAAUGCUACGGCUGCUGUUGCAAUAAAUGGUGGAGGACCCAACUUGACGUUUCAGUUUCAUCGUGCCCUCGUGGCUGCGACGACGGGCAAAUUGUCAUUGCGGGCAAAUCUUGCGACAGGUUUGUCGUUCGUGGCGGGAGCUAGUCGAGACAUUUCAAAUCGCACACGAUUGGGACUGAAUGUGUUGCUAUCGCGCGCAGGCGUGACUUUACGUUUAGGCUUCACUCGCGGGAGUGUGCGCUUUGUGAUGCCCAUUUUCUUGUCUCCGUUCUCCGGGCAAUCAGCUUUCUCUACUCUUUGUGCAGCCACCUCGCCCUUUGUGGUGGCUGCAGUCGUUACGCAGCUCGUGGGGCCUGCUCAGGAACGAAAGCGUCGUCUGGAGUUGGAGCGCCGGCAUGAUAUGCUUGUGCAGUAUCUUGCAGCAGCACGACAGAGUGCGAUGGAGCAGCAGAAACUGAUGCUUCGUUGUGCAAAAGAGAAGAUGGAGCAGGAGCAGCAACGAGAGGAUGGCAAGGGGUUGGUGAUUUUGCUUGGUCGAUAUGGAAAGAACCCGACGAGCUCCGACCAGCAUGAGGGUCGAGGAGACGCUUUCGAUGUGGCGCUUCGAGCGAUGCCGGAGCGCGAACUGAACUACGAACUUGGUGAUGAAGACGACCCUGGCAGCGGUGAUAGCAUCGCACAGCAGGAGGCAGACGCCGAGGUGCUGGAGCAGAAAUGGGUCGACGUUUCAAUUCCUCUUCAGUUCUUCGUCAAGGAUGGAGAGCUUGCUCUAUCUUCCGCAUCCAAAGCUGGACUGCUAGGAUUCUACAAUCCGUGCAUCGGCGAAGACCAAACAAUAUCUGACGCACGAUCGCCAUCAAGCUUUACUGCUAAGCCGUUGCUCUAUGUGCGUUAUGCGUAUGAUGGUCAGGUAUUCGAAGCCACUUUUGAUGAUGACCAAGCGGUCAGUUUGCCGUCGCGGUACGCUCAGGUUAUGGGCCCUGUAGGGCGUGUGUACUAG